AUAGGAUACACAAGUGGGUAUGGCUACAACAGCACAAGGCGUGGUGGCCGAAAUUUGAUUCGCGUUUAAAAGGCCCAGCAGCUCAGAAACCAAGAAGAGUCCUUUCCCUUUAGAGUCAGGUAGCUCCUUAUUUGGCAUACGGAGAUUCACACAACUCUGCCCCUCUGGAACUGUAACUAGGGCCAAAGCGCGCACAGAGGGUUUGUGCAAUGCACACUCCCGUCCAUGGGCUCCUCUUCAACGGAGUCAACCAGUCUCUGGUUUUCAGUCCUACGGAUGACCCGAUCAUGGGGAUCCUUGGCAAUGGCACCGUCCUCCCGAACGGGAGCGAUCCUUUUGGAAGAAACGAAGAGGUCGCCAAAAUAGAGAUAACGGUCCUCAGCAUCACCUUUGUGGUGGCUGUGAUUGGGAACGUCAGUGUCUUGCUGGCCAUGUUCAACACUAAGAAAAAGAAGUCGAGAAUGCACCUCUUCAUCCGGCACCUCAGCAUAGCUGACCUGGUGGUCGCUUUCUUCCAGGUCCUGCCGCAGCUCUGCUGGAAGAUCACCUUUCGCUUCUACGGGCCAGAUGUCCUGUGCAGGAUAGUGAAGCACCUCCAGGUGAUGGGCAUGUUCGCCUCCACCUACAUGAUGGUGAUGAUGACCUUGGACCGUUACAUCGCCAUCUGCCACCCUCUGAAGACCCUUCAGCAGCCCACCCAGCGGUCCUAUAUUAUGAUCAUCAGCACCUGGAUGUGUAGUCUGGUCCUCAGCAUACCGCAAUACUUUAUCUUCUCUCUGAGUGAAAUCAAGAACGGUUCGGUUGUCUACGACUGUUGGGGCCACUUCAUAGAACCGUGGGGUGUAAAGGCGUACAUCACUUGGAUAACCGUCAGUAUAUUCGUAAUCCCAGUGUUCAUUCUGAUGAUAUGCUACGGGUUCAUCUGCCACAGCAUAUGGAAGAACAUAAGGUAUAAAACCAGAAACACACACGCGGGUGUUGCGUCUAAAAACGGUCUGAUGGGAAUUAACUCUGUUAGCAACGUUACUACUAUAUCCAGAGCGAAAUUGAGAACUGUCAAAAUGACUUUUGUGAUUGUCCUGGCUUACAUAAUAUGCUGGUCACCUUUUUUCAUCGUGCAGAUGUGGUCGGUGUGGGAUGAGAAUUUCGCAUGGGACGAAUCUGAGAACACCGCUGUCACACUGUCCGCGCUCCUCGCGAGUCUAAACAGCUGCUGUAACCCGUGGAUAUACAUGAUCUUCAGCGGGAAUCUUCUUCACGACUUUACUCUCUGUUUCCCGUGCUGUAAUAAAUUACGCUACAAGUUCAAGAAAGAGGACUCGGACAGCAGUCUCCGGAGAAAUACGGUAUUGACUAAAAUGACCAACCGAAGCCCAACGUGCAGUUCAGGCACUUGGAAAGACAGUGACAACUCCCCCUAGUUCUCCAUUCAAUCUAGUCAAGCAGAGACCUAACACAACGCGUUAAACGCACAAACACAAGCUAGUGGUUAUUUAUUGAUUGACUCUUAUUGACAUGACAAUUAUAAGACUUUCAAGGUACCACUUUAUAACGGGUUGAGAUACUGACACUGAUUGAUUGAUGUGUCCCUAAAAUAGAUGAGCGUUACACAGUUGUUUUGGGAUAUAUUGUCUGGAUUGUCUGUCAGAAAAACAUCUGAAGAAUGAAGUCUUGAGAAGUCAGAGUGAUAAACCAAAAUCACAAAGUGAUAAGCUAUUUCCUCUGGUAAAACAUGUUAUAAAUUGAAGAUAUUUUAUGUGCCAUAUAGUCUACUGGCCAGUGUUUCAACAGGUUCCAAACCUGAUUCUCUGGAGUCUAAUACAGUUUAUAUGGGUGAAAUACAUCAGAUCUGAAUUUGAAAAUGUAAAGUAGAAAAGAAACAGAUGAUCUGAACUAUCUAAAUACCAACAGCUAUAUCAGUUGAGUAAAAAAAAUAAAAAAAUCUAAAACAUUCCACACUCCCAGGGUUCUCUUUCCAAUGCACAAAGGAUUUUCCGGUCUAGGAAUUUCUAUAGCAAAACCUAGACUAAUUCAGAUGACAACAGAUCUCAGUGACUAAGGACCCUGGAUUAGAUCACAGGUUGCAGUCUGUGUUGGCCAUAUUUCCCCAGUGAGCCACUCUCUCAGUGUGAAUUAAAAAACGAAUUGGGCCUGGAUGGCCAGGGGCACACCAGGCCAGGGUGUGGAAAAAAAUACAAAUAAAAAAACUUUGUUUUUAAAAGUGUGUGGGGGGAUUUGUUUUUUUAAUCCAGUCGGAUAAACACUCAAAACAGCCUACCCGAUUAAUCGGAGGCGUCCACAUGGUCCUAAAGCACACGAGCCUCGUUUUGUAUCACAUUCCAAUUAUAAAACUGGGGAGGGGGACAAAAAUGCAAUUUCAGAAUGUGGUGGGGCAUGUCUCCCUGUCCCCAGUGAAAGUUGCACCCCUGCUCCAGGCAAUGUUCCCUCUAAACUGUGGAGAAAUAUCAGACCACGGAGAGGAGCCCGAGAUUGAAUUUAACCUAACUUUCUAGAGCAGUGGUCACCAACGGAUCAAUCGCAAUCGACUGGUCGAUCUCCAAGGCUAUUCUAGUUGAUCGCCAAACAUUUCUCUAAAAAACAACAAUAAUGUUCCUUUUUUUUUUUUUUUUUUUUUUUGCGUUUCGAUCUGUUGGCAGUAGUUGCACCUGAUUCAGCUGCCCUGCGCAAACUGUUGCUAUUUUGAACCAUUUCAUGUGUCUGAAGGUACAAACUCUGCCUUCCCAGUGGGCACAGAGAGCAAAUCAAGCGCAAAUAUAAACCUACUACUGGCCAAUCGAAUGUUUAUCAUGUCUGCAGUGUCGUAGUAACGUAGCUACAGCAAAAUUGAUACUGUGAGAUUUUGAAACAUUUAAAACCAUGACUAGAGAGAGACUGUCAACGAAUACAACAAAGAACUGCUGUUUUUAUGAUUGAGUUCAUGUUUAAGUUCUUACUCAGCACUCAGCACUAUUCAACAGUUUUAUAAGACAUAAAAUGCGUUUUCUUCCUAUUUCCACUCAGCGUUACAACAAGCACUGAAGCAGUAAUGAAUGAGAAGGAAAGUGUAUCGAUAGGCUUGCAUUGUUGUUAUUAUUAGUGGCUUGGGUCUUUUUUAGUAUUGAAGAAAAGUUCCCUUUCUUUGUUCAUAGGAGUAACAAGAUUAAUGUGUGCAAGAGGCAGAAAUAAAGUUUCAGCAACUCUGUGUCAGUAAAGGAAAGGGAGAAUGGAGGGAUGUUGAGAGGCGGACCCUCAGCCUGCUGCUCUCUCCCUCCGCUGAGACUGGCCAUCAGAUGCAGGCACCAUCAGCCUAGUAAAAUAAAAGUAAAAGGCAAAUUAUUUAAUAUAAAGUGCAUUCGGGAAGUAUUCAAACCUCUUGACUUUUUCCACAUUUUGUUACGUUACAGCCUUAUUCUAAAAUGGAAUAAAUAAAAUAUUUUCCUCAUCAAUCUACACACAAUACCCCAUAAUGACAAAGCAAAAACAGGUAUAUAGAAUAAAAAACAUAAAUACCUUAUUUACAUAAGUAUUUAGACCCUUUGCUAUGAGACUCGAAAAUGAGCUCAGGUGCAUCCUGCUUCCUUUGAUCAUCCUUGAGAUGUUUCUACAACUUGAUUGGAGUCCACCUGUGGUAAAUUCAAUUGAUUGGAAAUAAUUUGGAAUGGCACACAUCUGUCUAUAUAAGGUCCCACAGUUUACAGCGCAUGUCAGAGCAAAAACCAAGCCAUGAAGUAGAAGGAAUUGUUCAUGGAGCUCUGAGACAGGAUUGUGUUGAUGCACAGAUCUCGAGGCACAGAUCCCAAAGAACACAGUGGCCUCCAUCAUUCUUAAAUGAAAUAAGUUUGGAACCACCAAGACUCUUUCUAGAGCUGGCCACCUGGCCAAACUGAGCAAUCGGGGGAGAAUGGCUUUGGUCAUGGAGGUGACCAAGAACCAGAUGGUCACUCUGACAGAGCUCCAGAGUUCCUCUGUGGAGAUGGGAGAACCUUCCAGAAGGACAACCAUCUCUGAAGCACUCCACCAAUCAACAAGAUUCUCUGGUCUGAUGAAACCAAGAUUGAAAUCUUUGGCCUGAAUUGUCUGGAGGAAACCUGGCACCAUCCCUAUGGUGAAGCAUGGUGGUGGAAGCAUCAUGUUGUGGGGAUGUUUUUCAGCGGCAGGGACUGGGAGACUAGUCAGGAUCAAGGGAAAGAUGAAGGGAGCAAAGUACAGAGAGAUCCUUGAUGAAAACCUGCUUCAGAGCUCUCAGGACCUCAGACUGGGGCGAAGGUUCACCUUCCAACAGGACAAUGACCCUAAGCACACAGCCAAGACAACGCAGGAGUGGCUUAAAGACAAGUCUCUGAAUGUCCUUGAGUGGCCCAGCCAAAUCUCUGGAGCGACCUGAAAAUAGCUGUGCAGUAAUGCUCCCCAUCCAACCUGACAGAGCUGACAGGAUCUGCAGAGAAGAAUGGGAGAAACUCCUCAAAUACAGGUGUGCCAAGCUUGUAGCGUCAUACCCAAGAAGACUUGAGGCUGUAGUCACUGCCAGAGGUGCUUCAACAAAGUACUGAGUAAAGGGUCUGAAUACUUAUGUUAAUGUGAUAUUUCUUUUUUUAAAGUUUUAUACAUUUACAAAAAAUUCUACAAACCUGUUUUUGCUUUGUCAUUAUGGGGUAUUGUGUGUAGAUUGAUGAGGGGGGAAAACAAUUUAAUUGAUUUUAAAAUAAGGCUGUAAGGUAACAAAAUAUGGAAAAAGUCAAGGGGUCUGAAUACUUUCCAAAUGCACUGUAUAUACUGUGUCACAGUUCCUAUCACAGCCUCCACAGCUUAGCAACAUUUGAAAAAAUACACAUUCUACAGCAGGGCUACGUGGGGAAAAAACUCACACAUAGAAACACUUCCUGACUUCCUGCCUGGGGAAAUCAUACGUGCUGUGUUUUGGACAUAGCACGCAUGAUUAAAAAAAUUAUAUUAACAGGCUACACAUUUUGCUGUACAUACAUUCAUGCCUAUGUAUUCUAUAGGAUGUGACUGACAAUACCAGCUUAUUUUUUCAAUGAUUUCAUUGUGCCAAGCAAGAGUGUAUCAAAAGAAAAUACUGACGUAAAAUAAAGUAUAGUUAAAAUAAAGUAUAUGUUUUCCAAUGUAUAUAUUUGUAUAGAACCCCUUUUUGCCCAUGUUGAAGAUAUCUAUAUGAAUAAUUUAUGCAAAGUUGUGUAAUGUGACUUCAUAUCUAUUUCCCCUUGCUUGCACGCAUUGUAAAGACAAUAUAUAUCGCAGAAAAUAUAAAGAAAAUUUGCUAUACAAAAUUAAAACUUUACAUUGUAA